AAGUGUAAUUGUGACGUCACGGGUUCACCACCAGAGAUUCCACGGGAUACCAGUUCGCGUUUCGUUUGUUGCGCCAAUGGUAUGCUGGAGUUAAGGAGUGUUUUUUGUAGGAGAAGAAAGCCGCUUUUAUAAUAAAGUUUUCAAGAUUUCUAAAGCUAGAGAGGAAAAAAGAUCAAAGCACAAUGCAUCUUCUUGUACGAGGACAGGGGAGUCAUGUUAUUGACUGUGAAGGCAGUGAGUCUGUUGGGCGGAUCAUUGAGCAAGUAGCUAAGUUGGAGGACAUUCCUGUGGAAGAAGUUCAACUCUACUGUAGUGGGUCACCUCUGAAUGAGGAUGAUCUUGUAGCGAACCUGCGAUGCUUAAGCAUCGAUGUCAGUGUUUCUAUGAAGGGCGGGAAGGUGCACGGCUCCUUGGCUCGUGCUGGUAAAGUCAAGGGUCAGACCCCCAAGGUGGACAAACAAGAGAAGAAGAAGAAAAAGACUGGCCGUGCUAAGCGGCGUAUACAGUACAAUCGCCGGUUUGUGAAUGUUGUCCAAGGUUUCGGCCGCAGGAGGGGCCCUAAUGCAAACUCCUAAGUGUAUAAUUUUGAAAUCAAAGUUAGUUUGAGAUCAGAAUUGAAUAUCAAGAGUUUUGUAACCUGCUUAUUUAAUGAGUAUUGUACAAAGUAAUGCUUGAAGGCAUGAUUGGUUUAUUGAGUGAUUCAAGCCAGUUAAAUUAGAAGAAAUGAUUUUUGUAAUUGAUGCCACUUGCUUGGAUUCAAAUGAUCUCAAGUUAAUUUUGAUAAAAUUAUGAGAAUUGUAUAUGGUUGUGUUUCUCGAAUAAAAUAUUAAUAACAGUG